GUCUAUGUAUUCUAAUGUCAAUGGUCGAGAUCAACCAAUAAGCGAGAGGACUGUUUAACGAGGUUAGGAUCAAACCGAUUUAUAAACACGGGGAGAAAAUAAACGUACAAUGAAUCCCGUGUUGCGUGCAGUUCGAGCUUGCGUCUGUUCUUCCACGAGACAUGCCAAGUACAGUACUCUUCCUUCGGAGGCGGUGAUAUUUAUGGAGGAUGAUACUAUGGUUGUCUGUUGGCAUCCGGAGCAGCCGUUCCCAUACGAGUGCUCAUUACCGCUGCCAGAAGAGAAAUCUGACGCUAAUGUGUUGCGUAUCGGGAACAAAGAGGUCGGGGAAGUCUUUUGGCGUAAAAAACCAUUCGAGGUUGUGGAAGAACUGGCAAGAGUUACAUAUACCACUAAACAUAGGUGGUACCCUAGAAGCAGAGACAAAAAGGCGAGAAAGACAGUACCAGAUAGGCCGUAUUUGUAAUUCUUCAGAGAUUUUAUGAGCAUACUUUAUUUAAACCUUCGCAUGUGUAGUCAUCUCCGAGGAAACGUGCAUUAAUAAAUAUUGUACAAAAAUAA